AGCCUGAUCAUCAUGUAAAAAAAAAGCAUCCAGUUGAACAAGUGAAAGAUUAUGAUACUCAGAUACUUGAAGCAAAUAUUGAUGAUGAUUGUAACACACAGAUAUCUUUAUUAAAUAAUGGUCUUACAUUUGCCGAUCAAAUUUAA